CGGGGCGAGAAUCCGAACCUCCCCACCGGCUAUCUUGGCACGUCCGGUUGCGGCUCGGGCUGUACGCCUGGCUGCGCUACCGGCUGCACGUCUGGCUGCACGUCUGGCUCUUCUUCGGCCGGCAGGUUGUCGCACGUUGGCGUACCCUUCGGCAGCGUUCCAUUCUCCUGUCAGGCAACUGGCAUACCACCGAGCCAUCAUCAUCCGGAGCAUCAGCAGCACCAUCAUCCCCAUCAUCCGCGUUUGGGCCACGUAGCCGCGGCAGCCAGUGCUGCCGCUGCUGCAGCCGCCUCUAUGGGGAUGGAAUCUUCCGAUUUGGUUGCGGUGGCUCAUUACCAGGCCCAACAACUUCAGCGACAAUUGUUGGCCGAGCAGUCGGCUCCGGGCACUAUGCUGCCACCGUCUGCUCAGUCUACUGGUGGAGGCUUGACGCAGCCGCUACAGCAGGGACAGCAAACUCAACAAUCCCAGAGCCAGGACCCGCUGCAGAGCUUGGUGCAGCAGUUGCUCUGUCUGCAGCAGAUCGAGUAUUUCCUCGCACAGCGCGGUCACAAGUGAUAUACGCCUGCAUACAUAUAUACAUAUAUGCGCGUUUAAUAUAUAUAUGUAUGUAUGUGUCUAUACGUUAAGCGUUUAUCUGCGGUGUCUCUUCUACUCCUCCUCCUUCUCCAUCGUCGUCGUCGUUGUUCGACUCUCGCACGCGUUAGCUCGUCUCGAUAAUGGCGAGAGAACUCUUAUGCGCGUCCGACGAGAAAAAUCUGUAUGAUUGUUUGUAGCAUGUGUGUUGGUGAUGAUGAUUAUAACGAUGAUUAUAACGAUGAUUAUAACGAUGAUGAUGAUGAUAAUGAUGAUGAUUAUGAUUAUGAUGAUGAUGAUUAUGAUGAUGAUCAUGAUGAUGAUGAUCGUGGUGAUGAUGAUGAUGAUAAUGAUUAUGAUGAUGAUAAUGAUUAUGAUGAUGAUGAUGAUGAUGGUGUUGUUGAUGAUGAUGAUGAUAAUGAUGAUAAUGAUUAUGAUAAUGAUAAUGAUGAUGAUGAUGAUGAUAAUGAUGAUGAUGGUGCGUUGCACGCGAGUGAGAAAGACGGAGAGAGUAAAGCUCCGCGCGUCGACAAAACCGCAGAUAUUCAUCCGAAUCUUCUCUUUCUUCGAUCGUGAACCGCGUCUCUUCUCUUGCUGCGGCAGCCAACGAUGCUCCUGUUCGUUCGAAUUUCUUUUUUCUCUCUCCUUGUAUUUUGGUUUCGAAGGAAAAAAAAAAAAAGCAAAGAAAAAAUGAAAGAACUUAUUUCCAUCCCUCGAUCGGCGGGGAGGUAACACACGGUGUUCUCGGUGAUCCGCGACCUAAGGAAAUCCAAGAGAAAAAGAAAGAUAAAGAAGGAACCGGGUGUGCCAGAAAGAAAGAUGGCUACCUUUUUUCAACGCGGAUCGAUGUGCGACGUUCUUUGGGACACCGUGCAAGCGCGUGUGUGUUGCUAGUUAAACGUUGAACGAGCCUCGCAAUUUUUCUCGCGAGAGACUCGUCGAUUUAGCGUGUGAUAAAAUAAAGAAAAAAAAAAAAACAAAAACAAUAACUAUAACGUUGUUACGUGAACACGAAGAAGAAGAAGAAGAAGAAAAAGAAAAAGAAAAAGAAGAAGAAGAAGAAGAAGAAAAAGAAGAGGAAGAAAAGGAACGAAGAAGAUAAUGUCGAAUAAAAAUGAGCUAAGAAGAUUGGGAAAACGUAUGUGUGUGCGUGCGCGCGCGCGUGUGUGUGUACGUGUGUUUGUCUGCGUGCGUGUGUGUGUGUGUGCGUGCGUGCGCGUGGUGGGUAUGUGUGGGUGUUGUUCUUUUUUUUCUCUUUUUUUUUCUUUUUUUUUUCUCUCUUUUUUUUUUUAUCGAGAGGAGGGUAGACGGGGUUUAAACUGGGCGGGGUCUGAGCAAAGUCCUGAUGGAAGAUAAAGAGAAAGAUAUGUAGAAUGGAAAAUUGGGGGUAAUAUGAAAAAAGUGAAAAUAUAUAUAAUACAAAACGCGCCACGCGCGACAGAGACGAUAAGGCCGCUCUGAUCGCGAGCUGUGAAUGAAUCUCUAUCCGUCAACAGUAUUGAUAUAAUUAAAAAUAGAGUAAAUGAAUAUAAAAAAAAAAAACGUUAUUGUAAGAGAUAAAAAUAUAGCGUAAGUACGUAAUUGUGCAAGCGUAUGCGAGUUUACGAGAACGAGCGUGCGAGAGAGGAAAGGAGAGAUUGAUUGAUUGAUUGAUUGAUUGAUUGAUUGAUUGAUUGAUUGAUUGAUUGAUUGAGUUUUGUGUGAUCGUUUUGACAAAUGUUUGUAAGAGUAUGGAUAAUGUUUAGAAAAAAAGGAAAGAGAGCGACAGAGAGAGAGAGAGAGAGAGAGAAAGAGAGGGAGAGAAUCAUCGUCGACUGAAGAAAUUUUUUAAGCGUGGAGCCCGGUCGAACACCAACGCACAGACCCUAACUGUCCCGUGGGCUCUUUGUAGAGUUUUAUUCUUUAUUUUAUCAUCGUUAUUUAAUUAACCGUGCGCGCGCGAGCGACAGAAAGGGAAAAAAAUUACGAGAAAAGAAAGAGAGUGUGUGUGUGUGUGUGAUGUGUCUUGUGUACGAACGAAAGAAUGAAAGAGAAAAGAGAGAGAGACAGAGAGAGAGAGAAACAGAAAGCAUUUUGCAUGCUAAAAGUUAAGAGAAAAACCUCCAUCCAAAGGUUCAUCCGAUAUUAAGAUGUAACAUAAUUGUAAAGUUUAUAGACCUUUUUUUUCUUCUUUUUUCUUCGAUAUAUAUAUAUAUUUUUUUUUCUUCGUUUGAUAAGAAUGAUAUGGAACGAUCAAUGUCGAAAAAACAGAGCUACAAAAGAGCCUUCAAUUUUCAUAAGAUUUAUUAUGAGAAUCAUAAUUCUUUCUUUCUUGUAUUUUCUUUUCCUUUAUUUUCUUUUAUUUGAAUAACGCAGUCAGGAACCUACACAUUCAAUCAUGUUUUAUAAUAAGAGAAUUAGUACGAUGGGAUGUAGUAUGAUGGAAUUUGUAGACAAUAUCGUAUUUUAUUACGGUUUUCUCGUCGAAAAAAAAAAAGGAAAUAUGUGAAAGAAAGAUGGACGAUAACUUUUAACAAUAAGACGGGGUACCAUAGUGAAUCGACUUGUUUUUUUAGAUAUUCAAUCACGUAUGUAUGUAUGUAUGUAUGUAUAUAUGUAUGCUUGUACGUACGUAUGUAUGUAUGUAUGUAUGUAUGGUUGUAUGGUUGUAUGUAUGUACGUACGUAUGCAUUUGAUAUUGAUGCACACACACACCCCCAUGAACGCGCGCGAGAAUACUUAAACGAGCCUCCGCCCUCGCCCUCCCUUACUCCCACACCCCAUAAUACACAUAUACACACGCACGCACACAUACAUAUUACGCAAAUCAUUAUUGCAUGAAGUUCCUUGCGCGUUAUAUCGUAUACGUUCCUCGUUAUAUUUGUUCCUAUUUUUGUACUACUAUUCGUGAUUUCUUGCGUUCCCUUUCCCUGAUAUUGGAGCUCUUUUCUCGUAGAGCUGGGGACGAUUAUGGAAAAAGCAAAAACAUCGACGACCUCGAAAGAGAGAGAGAGAGAGAGAGAGAGAGAGAGAGAGAGAGAGAGAGAGAAAGAGAGAGAGAUCGUAAUUUUAAAUAUCGAUUCGUCUACCACUUGCUCUGAUCUUUUUAAUGUGCUUUUACGAAAAAAAUUUAUAUAUAUAUAUAUGUAUACAUACACUUAUAUAUAUACGUAUAUAUAUUUAUACAUGCGGACGUUGUACAUAUCUGGCUUACGUCUUGACGCGCGUUCUUUUAUUUUUAUCGUCUAAUUUUUUUGUUUCAAUUUUCUUUUUCUUUUCUUUUUUUUUUUUUAAUAUAAAAUUCGUUUGAAAAAAAGUCGCCUCGUCCUCAAGUUUCCUUCUCCCUUUAACUAACUUUUCUUCUCUUUGCCGAACUGAUCAUUAAACAAUUUUCAAUAAGGGAAGAAAGAUGUAAAAAGACAAAAUAAAAAAGAAAUAAAUAAGGAGCAUAUGGAAAAACUUGUACUUUUGAUGAUGGUUAAAAUAGAAAAAUUUCUUCGACGCAUUUGUUUCACAUUCGAUCGCGCCAUCGUCAAUCGUCUAUAACUAACGUUUUAUUUCUCGUUUGUGUUACUGCGUUCUUUCUCCGUUCUUUCGUUUUACGCUUAUUCGAAAUUCCCUCUUCUUCGUGCGUGAAACAUCUAUGACGUUGACAUCAACUAUUUCUGUAGAGAGAAAUAUUGAAAUUUUGAGAAAUUCUAUUUACGUAAUCGCUUACUUGGUUGAGAUUUCUAAUGUAUUUUAUAUUGUUAUCAAGUAAAAUGAAUACUAAAGAAAAUAUAACGAAAUAAAUGAAAAAUAAAGGACAAGGAAGAAGAGGUCAAGCGACAUGCUAAUUCUUCGUCAUGGUGAUCGUAAUAGCGCAUUAAACGAACGGAGAGAGUGACAGAGAGAGAGAGAGAGAGAGAGAGAGAGAGAGAGAGAAAAUGAGUGAGUGAGUGAGUGAAUGAGUGAGUGAGUGGGUGAGUUUGAUCCCGCCUACAAAACGAUAUACCUAUGUAUAUCUGUGAGUAUGUAUGUUUGUAUGUAUGUAUGUAUAUAUGUAUGUGUGAUAUGUAUGUAUGUAUGUAUGAAUGAAUGUAUACGUAUGUAUGUAUAUAUGUAUGUAUGUAUGUAUGUAUAUAUUCGAAUCGAACGACUCUGGAGAGCCGAGCUGCCGAUAGGUCAAAGUUCGUCCUGCUCGUUUAGACUUGACACGAUUGGUAGAGUGGGGGUGGGUGCUUGGGGUGGGGAUGAAACGUCGGCGUUUCAUCACGUCCAUGAACUUUGCGCUUUCGGCCGAGGGAACUUUUUUCUUAUUUUUAUUAUUAUUUCUUCUUUUUUUUCUUUUUUUUUCUUCUUUUUUCCUCUCUCUUCCUCUCCCUCUCUCUCACUGUCUCUCUCUGUCUCUCUCUUUAUUCCUUCCUUUACAGUGAUUCUACAAUUUUACAGAAAUCGUGCGAUAGAGAGAGAGGGAGAGAGAGAGAGAGAAAGAGGUAACGAAAGAAUAUGUGAGUGAAAGAGAAAGAAAGAAAGAAAAAGAAUAGGAUUUUAAAUAUGUACAAAACACGUACGUACACGCAUACACCUACACAUACAAAAUACUUGCCCCACAUUCACAUUUUUACCGGUUACGUUACAAUAUUGCGUUUCGAUUGCGGUACGGCUAGUUUUCGUUUUCUUUUUCAUGGGAAAAAAAGGAAAGAAAAAGAGAGAAAGAGAGAGAGAGAGAAAUAAAGAAGGAGAGAGGUGAUAAGACAUGUAUAUUACAGAUGAUAUAUAUAUAUAUACAUAUAAAAAGUACAUACACACAUAUAUACACGUACAUAAAAACGAAGGCACCUGGUAUCAUCCGAAACAAUGUCGUCGUUAGUUGUGUUCAACAAUUUUGUGAAACAAUAUUUUCCCUCGCAUCAAUGAUGAUACACAUACCACACAUGUACACAUACGAGAAAAUACGCAUUGUCAAUAUGUCGUUUUUUAAUUAUUAUGUAUAAAGAAGGAUAUAGGACGCGAGCCAAUGUAACUUAUAUCGUAGCACAGUGAACAUUACAGACAUAUUACUAACACGGACAGUUGUACACUAUGUAUGUAAGAAAAAAAGAGAGAGAGAGAGAGAAAGAGAAAAAGAGAGAAUCAGAAUGAGAAAACGAGAGAGAGAAAGAGAGACACACGCACGAUACAUAUUCGCGUACAAUGAAAAGGCGCGCGUGCGGGCUCACGCUUAUACACACGUACACAUCCCGGAAUCAUGCGAUAAAUCAUGAAUUAAUUAGAUAAACCAGAUGCGAUGCCGGUAUAGUCUCACAGUUUGAUUGUGUAUGAGAUAUAGGAAAGGAGGGUAUAUUGUAUAUAUGCAUAUAUAUAUAUAUGUAUGUAUAUAUGUAUAUAUACAUAAAUAUAUAUAUAUAUAUAUGGGCAUGUGUGUGUAUAUAUAUAUAAAAUAUACAAAUAUAUAUGUAUACACAUGUAUGUAUGUACAUAUAUAUAUACGUAUAUGUAUAUAUAUGUGUAUGUAUGUGUAUAUAUAUAUAUAUAUAGUGUUUGCCUCUUAGCAAGAGAAUGUGACAGCACGUAUUAUGCGUGUGCGUAUGCGUGUGUGGUGUGUUUGUGUACGUACGCGUAAGAGAACGAGAGAGAAAGAGAGAAAGAAAGAGAGAGAGAGAGAGAGCGAGAGAGAGAGAGGGAGAGAGGGUGGGUGAGAAUACGUGAACGAUUUCGACACGAGCAUGCGGUGGGUUCUAGUAUAAAUGAUCUAUUGACAAAUGUUGUAUAUUAUUACGAAUUAUAAUGACACUAUUAUAAUUAAUUAAUUAAUUAUUAUACCCUAAUAAUGUGAAUUGAAUUUAAACGACAGAAAAAUACAUGAAAUUACGAUGUAAUAGGAAGAAAAUUUUAAUUGUCAGUGAGAAAGUCAGGGAGGGAGAGCCGGAGCUGUUGUUCGACGUGACAGCCUAAGUCGAGAAUCGAGAGAGAGUGAGAGAGAGAGAGAGAGAGAGAGAAAGAGAGCAUGAACGUGUGAGUGAGAUACAGAAAGAGAGAAAGUAUGAUAGAGUGAGAAAAAGAAAGAGAGAGAGAGAGAGAUUGAGAGAGAGAGAGAGAGAAAGAGAGCGUGGAUCACGACUAUAGCUGAGAAUCAAGUGAAAGUAUCGAUCAUAGUGCUGACAGUUCAUCGAAGAUGGAUGCUGGACUCGCAUUUAUCUGCAUGGGACCGAGUUUCAUACGUGGAAAGUUUCACGAGGGAAAUAAUAUGGCCGCCAUCCUUCUCUACAUUUGCGUUACGUAAUUAGAGAAAAAAGAAAGAAAAAAAAAGAAAAGAAAAGAAAAAAAAGGGAAAAAAAAGAAAGACAUAUAUUCUCGGAAUGGGGAAAUUUUCAAGAUGUUUCACGUUGUAUAUCUAUUACAAAUCAUUAUAAAUCGUUCCUAAAAAUCCUCGUUCCAUGAUUUUAACGUGUUCUGCCCCGUGGCUCGCCGACAAAGUACGCCGCGAGCAUUCGCGUUAAUUAGCGGCGGCGUCGAGGUUACUACGUGGCACUCGGUAAACCACAAAUUCCGAGCCGAAUUAGAUCGGUCCUUUUGGAUUAAAAAUUAAACCGAUAACUAACGAGGACCGUUCUUUCUCCUUUUUUUUUCUUCUUUUUUUUUCUCUCUUUUUUUGGUUUUCUUUUAUCUUCUCUCUUUCUUUUUUUCUUUUUCUUUUUUUUUUUUAUACAUACAACAACGAAUUUUUUGGCACGAACGUGUGGACAACGAAAUGUUUGAUUAGAAUAUUUGUAUACAGGACACGUCGAGAUACGAUUUAUUCUCUAUUCAUUUGUUCAGAAGGAAACAAAAAAUAGAUUUAAAAAGUUCGAAACGCGUUUACACGUUUGACUUUUCGGUAACAACAAAAGGAAGAAAAAAAUUAUCAUACAUUUUUCAGAUUGUAAAAAGAGACAUGUACCAAGUAUUUGAUGAAAGAAGUAUCUGGCAAUCGUCGUGAACGCGGUCCUAGGCCGAUAUCGGUAUGUCCAUGCUCUACUUAUCCAGCACUCUUUUUAUUUAAGAGAUACGAAAGGUAUUCCAAGCGAUUGUUGAUAAAUGAUCAAUCCUGUGUGUAUAAUGGAGAAAAAAAAAAAGAAAGAAAAAGAAGGAAGAGUUAGUAAGCGAACGGCUUAUCGUCGUUCCAAGUUCAGAGGAUCUCUCUCGUUUUUUUCUUUUUUUUUCUUCUAAUUUUUCUGUUCUUUUUUGUCUCUUUUUCUUUUCUACUCUAUUAAUCGUUCCUAAUCUCUUUUUCCUUCUCCUCCUUCUCCUUCUUCUUCUUCUUCAGUGUCCAUCGAUUUUCUAUUAGCUAAAUCUAUCCUCUUUUUUGAUCUUUGUUCUGAAAGAAAAAUAAAUUUCAUUUCUUAACAAACAAAUAAAUUUGUCCUAUAUUGUUGUAAAAAAUCUUUCUUCUGUAAAUAUCGUCCUCUGAAUUUGGCACCAAUCCGUGCCUGUUGGUCGAUGUGAAACACGGUUGUUGAUCGGUGCAUGUCCCACGAAUCGUUAAUUACCAAGAUCGGUCUUGAGCGAUGAACCGUGCACCGAUAGUGUAUAAAAGAAAAAUAAAAAAAUAAAAAAAAAAUAAUAAAACAAGAGAAAUAAAAAUUAGCGCAAUUUAGGAGCGAUUCGAAUUGUGAUCGUGAAUGAAAGAGAGAGAACGAGAAAGAGAGAGAGAAAGAGAGAGAGAGAGAGAGAGAGAGAGUAAAAGAGAGAGCGAGUAAAAGAGAGAGCGAGAGAGCGAGAGCGAAAGAGAGAGAGAGAGAGAAGUAGCCCUUUACCUUCUUUUAUGUGGACAUGGGCCAUCUUGGUAUAUUAUAUUAAUAUACAUUCAAAGCUGGCCUAUCGCCAUGACCAAUAAAAAGUAAUACAAAGAAGCAAGAAUGUGAACGAACAAAGAAAGAAACAAAAAAAAAAGAAUAAUUGACAUCUAAUUACAUUUUUACGCACUCCAAAUUUUUAUCCUCGUCAUUUGUAUCAUAGUGGAACAUGUGUUUAAAGAAGGAUCCACAUUAUAUGUAUGUAAUCAAAAUUGUAACUGAGAAAAGCGUUAAUAAAAAAACGAUACUCGAAAAGAAAGCAAAGAA